AUGGCCUCGAGGGGCCCUAACGAAGGCCCUCUACGGCCUGAGGUUGGCGACACCCUGAUCGUGAUACACGAUUUCCAAGCUCGAAGCUCCGAUGAAUUGAGUCUUGCGAAAGGCGACCGAGUCGAACUCAUAGAACGAGAUGACGAGUUCGGCGACGGUUGGUUUCUCGGCCGCCACAUGGUAAAUAACAACAAUGGACUUUUCCCCGAAGUCUACACCAGACCCGCCCCCAGAAUCGUUCCUACGAGCGCCUUUAGCGCCGCAAAAGCCCCGACUUCUCACCAUGACGCAGCACAAGACUCGAGGGUUAUAGGUAGCGCGGAUGCCAUCUCAAGGGAGGAGCCGAUUCCAAACCGGCAAUCCGUGACGAUCCCCCAACAGCCGGUGACUCUCCCUUUGAACAAUAUGAAAUCCGAACCCGUCCUGGCUUCGAGCGAACCCCCCAUUCUGCCGACCUUGAACCAUCUCACCUCACCAAGUCAGGAUAGCCCUGUUCUGCACGAAACCCUCAACGUUAUCAACGAGCAUAUCACGGAUUUACGAUCGCCAGCGAGCAACGGUGGACUCCGAGCAACAGCGACCGAUUCCGGAAGCGAGUAUAGCAGCACACCCCUCGACCACCGAGCGUCUUAUAUCCAUGGCGAGGAGACUGACGAGGAAGAGGAGGACCUUCACUCGCGCGCCGAAGUUGAAGCUUGGUCUCCCGAUGAUGUGGCUGAAUACCUUUUCACUUCAGGUGUUGAGAAGCACCACUGUGAGGUCUUUAGAGACCAGGAGAUUUCGGGUGAGGUUCUUCUGGGCAUGGACCAAAGCUCGCUAUUUAUCAAAGCGUUUGAUCUUGGCUCCGUUGGCCGGCGGUUGAAAACUUGGCACAAGAUCAAGGCGCUGCAAGAUGAGGUGAAUACUCACGGCCUAGAAACACGGCGGUCGACACAGACCUAUGGAAACGACGGCGUCGAGGAAGUGAGACGUACAAGGAGUAGAACAAACACUAUCACCAACCGGCCAACAUCUAUUCAGACGAGACGACUUUCUCUUUCGCAAACCCCCAAGGCCUCGCCGACGCUUGCCACACAUCACGCGCAAGACAGCACAAAUCGCGCCAGCCACAUCAAGAGACCAUCCGCGGCAUCUGUUAGGGAAUUGCAUCACUCACGUCGCCAUUCUUCAUCGACCGACUUCCGCAAUGCUGGAACACCUGUCGCCCCCGGACUGUCUCCCACUCCUAAGAUUACCAACACUGGCACCUAUCCAGGAGUAGAUGUCACGCACAAGAAACAGCCAUCGUUCGAUCGGAACUGGACUUUGGGGAGCGCUUAUUCUCAGACCUCGCCACGACCACUAUCGUCAACCGGCCUCCAGGAUCUUCUGAGUCCCCCUGGACCGGACGCGCACGACACUUCUUCGGUAGAGAUGGAUCGGGGUUACUUCUCUGGUACAGACGUUGAAGGUAGCAGACGCCGGAACCUACUACGAAAACGCGACAGUGGGGCAGAGUCGAGAAAGUCAAGUUAUGCAGAAGAGCAAAGAGUUCGAAGCGCCACGGCCAUCUCAAGGCAGUCAAGGUUCGGAAGUGUAGGAUCCAUGGCAGAGGGCGGCAUGUCUUCAGCGGCUCAGAAGUAUUACGGUAUCCAGUCAGGCCCUCACCGGCGAACUGCGUCAACAACUUCGGACUCGAUUAGGAAUUUGCCUCCAGCUGGUGAAGCUCCAUCGCCUACUGUCACUAAACUGGACACUUCAGUCGGAUCAGCUCGUUCAACAGCGUCGCCCAGCACGGCUAAGCAUCAAGGAUUCAACUCGGAUUGGCUCGCUUCGGUGGUCAACAAGCCUAUUGCUUUGGCUGGAGGCAAGGGUAUGCGCGCGAUAUCCGACAACCUUGGCCUUGACCGAUCCAAGGCUGCAACACCCACAGACUCAAUAACUAAGGAAAUUAUGGUGGAAUCACCGUCACGAACCGGGUCGACGACACCCUCGGGCGGAGCCAGCUUUGAUCUUGAGUCUCCUGAUACCGCAAAGAGCCCCAGCACGACAACAACGCAAUCGAACAAGAAGGGCGGAAAGAAGGGCAAAAAGGAAACGAGCGCCUACACGCGCGGCUUGCUCAAGAUUUCGCCCAAGGAGGCGAUGAAGGAUGCCGAUUAUAGUGGCUGGAUGAGGAAGAAGAGCUCAAACCUCAUGACAACCUGGAAGCCGCGUUUGUUUGUUCUCAAGGGGCGUCGGCUGGCAUACUACUACUCGGAGGAUGAUGAACAGGAGAAGGGCCUUAUCGACAUUUCGUUCCAUCGAGUUCUCCCUGCCGAUAACGAAAAGCUAACAGGCCUCCACGCCACUCUUACAAGCGUUGUCGGAGGUCAGGCAAUUCCUGCGGACCCUGCUGACGCGCAACUGGAGAAGGGUGACGAUUCCAUUUUCAUCUUCAAGCUUGUCCCUCCUCGCGCGGGCCUUUCGAGAGCAGUGAACUUCACCAAGCCAACGGUUCACUACUUUGCUCUCCCCAACUUGAAGCAGGGGCGAUUGUGGAUGGCAGCCCUGAUGAAGGCAACGAUCGAUCGUGAUGACACCAAGCCCAUCACAACGAGCUAUCAACAGAAGACGAUUUCCCUUGCCAAGGCCAGGCAGAUGCGGCACCGUCCGCCGGCGUUGAUGAAUCUCGAUGAGGGCACUGAGGAGAAUGCUGCCGCUGCUGCUGCGGCAGCGGCGGCGGCGGAUAAGAAGGAUGCCAAUGGCCUGGGCAUCUCAUACGAUGAAGCUGACAGUGGCGUUUCUGGCGUGGAUAAAUUGGCUGGGCAAAAGGCUGAGGAUGCCAAGACCAGUGUCGAGGCAGAAGAGAAGGACGCGCCACAUGCCUCUUGA